AUGCCAAUACAAAUUUCCCUUCUUGUGUACAAAGGCGUGCCAGUAGAUUUCUCCGAAUACCGACACACAGCGUUGCACGCCCUCUACUCCGAAGACGAAUACGACUGGCUUCAUGUGGUGGGCGCACAUCCGUUCUUUGAAUUCCAAAAAGACUCCAAAGACCCCAUAUCAGAGCCUCCAAUAGCUUGGAUCCCUGUUUCUACGGCGCCAGAUUCUGUCACGAAGGCAAUGAUCGUUGGUGCAUGUGCUAGAACACCAGUUCGCAACAGCAACCGCGACCGAGACUGGAAUUGCCAGAAUUGGGUAGGAGAAGCGCUGACUGAGCUAGUCAAUGCUGGCUGUUUAUCCCAUGAAGAGCUCAAAGUGGCAAUUGGGAAAAUGGUGGAGGUUAUCUUGGAGGCAGAGCAGGAAGAUGAUGGAGUGUUUUAG